AUGUCCGGCUCCAUCGCCUCGUACGACCAGCUGGUGCGGCAGGUGGAGGCGCUGAAGAAGGAGAACAGCCACCUCCGGCGGGAGCUGGAGGACAACUCCAACCACCUCUCCAAGCUGGAAAAUGAGACCUCGGACAUGAAGGAGGUCCUGAAGCACCUCCAGGGCAAGCUGGAGCAGGAGGCCCGAGUCAUGGUGUCCUCGGGGCAGACCGAGGUGCUGGACCAGCUCAAAGCCCUGCAGAUGGACAUCACCAGCCUCUACAACCUCAAGUUCGCCCCGGAGGCGACGAGCGGCGGGCGCGGUGCCGAGGAGAGCCCGCCCGCCCCCGGCCCGCACCGGGACGGCCCCGGGGAGCUGGGCAGGGCCACCUUCCGCAUGCUGGAGGAGCUGGACCGGGAGAGGUGUUUCCUGCUGGGGGAGAUCGAGAAGGAGGAGAAGGAGAAGGUCUGGUACUACGCGCAGCUGCAGAGCCUGGCCACGCGCCUGGACGAGCUGCCCCACGUGGAGACGUUCUCCAUGCAGAUGGAUCUGAUCCGGCAGCAGCUGCAGUUCGAGGCGCAGCACAUCCGCUCGCUGAUGGAGGAACGCUUCGGCACGGCCGACGAGAUGGUGCAGAGGGCACAGAUCCGGGCAUCCCGGCUGGAGCAGAUCGACAAGGAGCUGAUGGAGGCGCAGGACAAGGCGCAGCAGCCGGAGCCGCAGCUCUGUGGGAAGGUCCCAGGCAUGGAGGGGGACGGCAGCCUGGACCCCCCGACCCACCCCGAGGAGGGUGGCAACACCAAGGUGGAGGUGGUGUUCUGGCUGCUGUCCAUGCUGGCCACGCGGGACAAGGAGGACAUGUCCCGCACGCUGCUGGCCAUGUCCAGCUCGCAGGAGAGCUGCCUGGCCAUGCGCAAGUCGGGCUGCCUGCCCCUGCUCAUCCAGAUCCUGCACGACUCCGACGGGGAGCCGGGGCCCCCCGAGAGCCCCACGGGCGCCAAGGACGCGCGGAUGAGAGCCAACGCUGCCCUGCACAACAUCGUCUUCUCCCAGCCCGACGAGGGCCAGGCCAAGAAGGAGAUGCGGGUGCUGCACGUGCUGGAGCAGAUCCGCUCCUACUCGGAGACCUGCUGGGACUGGCUGCAGAUGCAGAGCCGGGACGGGGCACGGGGCCCCGAGGGCGCCGGUAGGGGCGGGAGGGAACCACGCGUGCUGGGAGGGGCUGGGAGCAUCGUGUUGCCCAUCGAGCCCCAGAUCUGCCAGGCCACCUGUGCCAUCAUGAAGCUGUCCUUCGACGAGGAGUACCGGCGGGCCAUGAACGAGCUGGGUGGGCUGCAGGCCGUGGCCGAGCUGCUGCAGGUGGACUACGAGAUGCACAAGAUGACCAACGACCCCCUGAACCUGGCGCUGCGCCGCUACGCGGGGAUGGCCCUCACCAACCUCACCUUCGGAGAUGUGGUCAACAAGGCCACGCUGUGCUCCCGCCGGGGCUGCAUGGAGGCCAUCGUGGCUCAGCUGGGCUCCGACAGCGAAGAGCUGCACCAGGUGGUCUCCAGCAUCCUGAGGAACCUCUCCUGGCGCGCUGACAUCAACAGCAAGAAGGUGCUGCGGGAGGUGGGCAGCGUCACCGGGCUGAUGCGCUGUGCCCUGCACGCCGGCAAGGAGUCGACGCUGAAGAGCGUCCUGAGUGCUCUGUGGAACCUCUCGGCGCACAGCACGGAGAACAAGGCGGCCAUCUGUGGGGUGGAGGGGGCCCUGGGCUUCCUGGUCAGCACCCUCACCUACAAGUGCCAGAGCAACUCCCUGGCCAUCAUCGAGAGCGGCGGUGGCAUCCUCAGGAACGUCUCCAGCCUCGUUGCCACACGGGAGGAUUACAGGCAGGUGCUCCGGGACCACAACUGCCUGCAGACGCUGCUGCAGCACCUGCGCUCGCACAGCCUGACCAUCGUCAGCAACGCCUGCGGCACCCUCUGGAACCUGUCAGCCCGCAGCCCCCGCGACCAGGAGCUGCUGUGGGACCUGGGGGCGGUCAGCAUGCUCCGCAACCUCAUCCACUCCAAGCACAAGAUGAUCGCCAUGGGCAGCGCGGCCGCGCUGCGCAACCUCCUCACCAACCGGCCCCCCAAGUACAAGGACGCGGCCGUGGUGUCACCGGGCUCCUGCAUGCCCUCGCUCUACAUGCGCAAGCAGAAGGCGCUGGAGGCCGAGCUGGACGCCAAACACCUGGCUGAGACCUUCGACACCAUGGAGAAGCAGAGCCUGAAGGGCCAGAGCGCCAAGAAGCCGAUGCGGCACAUGGAGAGCCUGGUGAAGGACUACGCCUCCGACUCCGGCUGCUUCGACGACGACGAGGUGCCCAACAUCUCCACCGGCGUGGAGACGGCCAGCGCCUCCGUCCUCUCCAUGUUCCUCAACUCCUCCUUCCUGCAGGGCCAGGCGCUGCCGCGGGCGCUGGCACAGCGGCGCUGCCCGGAGCCGGAGAAGGACGGCAGCGGGAAGGCGGCCGAGCCCAAGAAGCCGCCGCUGCCGGAGGACGACGUCUCGCUGGCCGCCGAGAAGUUGGCCAACAAGAUCUCCAGCACGGUGGCCAAGAUCGACAAGCUGGUGGAGGACAUCUCCACCAUGCAUAACUCCUCGGACGACAGCUUCAGCCUCAGCUCCGAGGACCACUGCCUGGACUGGCAGUACGGCCCCGAGGACGGGCACGAGGCGCGCGCCCAGUCCUGCUCGCCGUGCCGGCUGUCGGACGCCGGCGGCUUCGCCAAGCGGGAGAGCCUGAGCCGGGCGCACACCCUGCUGCGGCUGAAGACGGCCUACACCAGCCUGUCCACCGACAGCCUCAACAGCGGCAGCACCAGCGACGGCUACUGCACCAAGGAGCACAUGAAGCCCUGCCCCAGGGCCGCCUUCCUGGACUACCGGGACGAGCUGCAGCGCUACCAGAAGAGGCCCAGCAGGCUCGACCUCAAGAGCAUCCUGGGCAAACCGGAGCGAGCCGAGCCGCCCGCAAGGGAGCCGCCCCCCACUGACCCCCAUGUUCGCACCAUCAAGCUCUCUCCAUCCUACCAGCAUGUCCCCAUGCUUGAGACCCUGGCCAAGAGCAGCACGGCUGCUGGCCACCAGCCUUCCCUCCUGGGCAGGAAGCAAGCCUGGCUCCCCCCGGCGCUGCUGCAGGCGGCCGAGCCCCUGAGCAAGAUCCCGGAGAAGCUGCCGGCCCAGCCACCGGCCUCGGCGGAGCAGGAGUCGGUGCAGAAGUACUCGGUGGAGGACACCCCAAUCUGCUUCUCCCGGUGCAGCUCCCUGUCCUCCCUGUCCUCGGCAGACAACGUGCUGGACGGGCAGAGCCACAGCGAGAACGACCUGGAUAGCGACUCGUCCCUGGAGAUCCUGGAGAUGGAGGAAGGGGACGCAGAAGGGGAGGAUGGGAAGCAGGAGAAGGAGAAGGUGGUGGAUACAGGUCCCACCACGCCUGUGGGGAUCUCCCAGCCCAUCACCAUCCCCUUCCCGAAGCGUGACAAGGUUUUCCUGCGGGAGGCCUCGCCCUCGCGCCAGGAGGACCUGACGCCCUCGAGCUCCUCAGAGAACUACAUCCAGGAGACGCCACUGGUGAUGAGCCGCUGCAGCUCCGUCAGCUCCCUGGGCAGCUUCGAGAGCCCCUCCAUCGCCAGCUCCAUCCAGAGCGACCCGUGCAGCGAAAUGAUCAGCGGCACCAUCAGCCCCAGCGAGCUGCCCGACAGCCCCGGGCAGACCAUGCCCCCCAGCCGCAGCAAGACCCCGCUCUUCGAGCUGGGCUGCCAGCCGGAGAAGGAGACCAGCCAGUUCAACAUCCAGUGGGAGAACAACGUCAAGAAGUUCAUGGAGAUCACCGACUUCAAGGAACGCUUCCAGCUGCCCCAGGACCUGGACUCCAUGGUUUACUUCACGGUGGAGAAACCCAACGAGAACUUCUCGUGCGCCUCCAGCCUGAGCGCCCUGCCCCUCCACGAGCACUACGUGCAGAAGGACGUGGAGCUCAAGCUGAUCCCCACCUUCCCGGAGAAGAACAGCCUGAACUUCGCGGCUCACGAGAAGCGCGAGGAGCGGCGGGAGGAGCGGUACCUGGAGGGCCGGCGGAGGGCGGAGCGCCCCGAGCCUCCCGACGACGACGACAUCGAGAUCCUCAAGGAGUGCAUCAGCUCGGCCAUGCCCUCCCGCUUCCGCAAGGUCAAGACCUCGCUGCUGUCCGGGCAGGUGCUGCACCCGCAGACCAAGAAGCCGCUGCACGUCCCCGUGUACAUGCUGGUGCCGGCCCACACCCACCCCGGCGACGACGACUCCUUCACCGACUCGGCCGACGGGACCCCCGUCAACUUCUCCAGCGCCGCCUCGCUGAGCGACGAGACCCUGCGGUACCCGGCGGGCGAGGAGGCCGAGCACCCCCUGGCCGAGCGGCGCCGCCAGCCCGGCACCAUCCCGGCCCGCAGGGCCGCCUCCGGCAGCUCGGCCCCCGCCCGCCUCGGCUCCGCCGGGAAGGGCAAAGCGGGCCCGGGCCGCGAGGAGGGGAAGAGGGGCCAGACCCUCCCGAAGGGCGCAGCCAGCCUGGAGCUGGGGGUGGGCCGCGCCAGCGGUGCCCCCGGGAGGAAGGAUGAGGCUCUGGAGGACGGGGUGGUGUUCCAGUCGCUAUGCCACACCACGCCGACGGAGGAAGCCGUCUACUGCUUCUACGACCCGGAUUUGGACGAGCUGCCCGAGGCGGGCAGGGACGGGUCCGGCAGCAGAGCCCAGCCCGGCCGGGCACCGCGGAGGGAGCGCUGGGGAGGCUCCGUCCCACAAAAAGACCCCGAGCCCGGCUCCCGUCCGGCGAAGACGAAGCCUCAAAACAACCUGAUCGCCGACGAGACGCCGCCGUGCUACUCCCUGAGCUCCUCCAUGAGCUCCCUGAGCGACGCCAACCUCUCCGAGGGCGAGGAGCGGGGCCAGCCCUGCGGCAAAGCCGCCUGGCCGCGGUCAGCCGCAGUGGGGCAGGCGCAGGGGGGCUCGCCCAGCUCCCCCAGCCUCAACUCGGAGGAUGAUCUGCUGCAGAAGUGCAUCGGCUCGGCCAUGCCCAAGCGCCGGCGGCCCGCGGCUCGCCGCAGGCUGGUGGAAAGAAAGCAGAAGCCGCCGGGCGCCGGAGGGAGGGAGCGGAAAGCCGAGGCCAGGCAUCACCCCGAGGAGGACGCCGGCUCCGACAGGGGCUCAGACCUGGACAGCGUGGAGUGGCAAGCCAUCCAGGAGGGAGCCAACUCCAUCGUCACCUGGCUGCACCAGGCUGCCGCCUCCCUGUCCCGGGAGCCUUCCUCCGAGUCCGACUCCAUCCUGUCCUUCAUGUCGGGGCUCUCGGUGGGCUCCACGCUGCAGCUCUCCCUGGGCAGGCAGGACAAGCAGCGGCCCGGCAGCGCCUCCGGCCGGGACCCAGCGAGGAGGGAGCACAGCAAGGGCCGCCCGGAGCGCAAGGACGCGGCCGGUGCCCGUCCCGCCGCCCGCGCCAGCUCCAGGGCGGAGCGGAGCCCGGCGCCCUCCAAGCCGGUGCCCAACCUGCCCGUGGUCUUCCGCGGCAGGACCGUCAUCUACAUGCCCAGCCUGGCCAAAGAUGCCCCCAGCCCACGGGCCACCCCGAAGAAGACCCCUGCGGCCAAGCCCGAGGCGCCGCCGGCCAAGAACCUCUCCCUGAGCCAGCAGCGCUCGCGGAGCCUGCACCGGCUGGGCAAAGCCCCCGAAACCGGGGAGCUGGCGCUGCCCAAGAGGAGCACGACCCCGCCCGCCCGCAUCGGCAAAGGCCCCCCCUCCUCGGGCUCCUCCCGCACCUCCACGCCCUCCCAGCACGCCCCCAAGAAGCUGCCGUCGCCCUCCCAGGCCAGCGGCUCCUCCUCCCCGCCGGGACCCCCGGGCAGAGCCCCGGCCCCCAGAUCCCCGGCUCCCAAGCAGUCCAAGACGCAGAAGUCGCCCGUGCGCAUCCCCUUCAUGCAGAAGCCCAGCAGGAAGGUGCUGCCGGGCCGGGGGGCCAUGCCGGUGCUGGAGGAGCAGGUCGAUGGCUCCAAGGCUCGGCCGGGGGGGCCGGGGGGCAGCCGGCUCAACCUGGUGCGGAUGUCAUCCGCCCGCUCCAGCGGGAGCGACUCCGACCGCUCCGGCUUCCUGCGCCAGCUCACCUUCAUCAAGGAAUCCUCGAGCCUGCUGCUGCGGCACCGCUCCGACCUGUCCCCGGCGCCGCCGGCCACCUCGCUGCCUCGCCGGGGCUCUCCCCAGCGCAGCCGAGCCGCGCUGCCGGCCGUGUUCCUCUGCUCCUCCCGCUGCGACGAGCUCAAGGCGGCCAAACCGGCGACCCCCGGCCAGCGGCCGCUCAUCCCCAGAGCCCAGCCCGGCGGCAAAGCCACGGCCGGGGCCAAACCGCCUCGCCGGACCAGCUCCGAGAGCCCGUCCCGGCUGCCGGUGAAGAGCAGCGUGCCCGCGGCCGAGCCCUUCAAGCGCUACUCGUCCUCGCCCAACAUCAGCGUGGCGCGGCGGGCGGCCAGCCCGUCCUCCGUGCGCUCCGAGGCGGCGGCGCGGCGGCGGCAGAACGAGCCGGCUCCCGGGGGGCCGCAGGGAAAGCCGCCGGUGGUGGUGAUGAAGGGCACGUGGCGGAGGAUCCGCGACGAGGACAUCCCGCACAUCCUCAAGAGCACGCUGCCCUCCUCCGCGCUGCCGCUGGCGGGCUCCGGCGACGAGGAACCCCCCGGCACCCCCGGCACGCCCAGGAAAACCAGCGACGCCGUGGUGCAGACCGAGGACUUCGCCACCUCCAAGACCAACUCCAGCACCUCUCCCACGCUGGAGACCCGCGAGGGACCCCCUCACCCCCGCGCCACCGGCGACGGCGAAGCCCCCGCGCCCGCCAAGGCCGCCCUGCCCAUCUCCUUCGGGCACGAGGCGCCCGCCGGGACCUUCCCCGGCAGCCGGCACGGCUCCCCGAGCAAGGCCGCCCGUGUCACCCCCUUCAACUACGUCCCCAGCCCCAUGGCAGUGACGGCGGUGGCCGACAAGGCGGUGGAGAAAAUCCAAGCUUGAUGAUGCCCCAGCGAGGGUCCUGCGACGCCCCCAGCCCCACAGGAGCUGGCCAGGACUGUGUUUGGGACACACGUGGGGAUGUGGGACAGCUGGGGACCAGCGAGUCACCCCACCCCGCUGCUGGCCCUGUCUGGGGUCUUGCUGAAGCAUCACCAUUCCCAGCAGCAAGGACUGGACAGAACUGGGAACGUUCCGGGUUCAGCCCGAGCUGGGGUGGUUCUCAUGGACCAUCGCCUCCCACUGAUGGACGCCCAGGGACAAAGUGAGGUGGGGCUGUGUCCCCGUGUGCCCCCAUCCUGCUCACCCAGGGGCUGAGCCAGGGCCUGAUCCCACACGCCCGGGAGCUGACACAGCACAUGCAGGAAAACCCCACACGCUCCAGCCCGUCUGGCACUAGCUCUGGCUCAUUUAUUAACCAGGGAAUAGGGAAGGGAUGCAGAGGAGAGGAUUUGGAGGGGGAGAUGGGGACCAGGACCCCCGUUUGGAGGACCAGGACCCCCGCUGGAGAUUUCUGAUGGCUGAGGGUGACCUGUGCUGGUCCAAGGGGAUGGCAGGAAUUGGUGCAGGAGGAGCCGGGCAGGGCUCAUGGGGGUGGCCGGGGUCUCGAUGGGCUCAUCCCAGGGGCUGCUCACGCGGUGCUGUCACCAGGCUGGGGGGCUGCUGGGGAGGGGACAGGGUGCUGAGCUGGCACCAGGAUGCCCAACCCCCAGGAAAGGGUCUGGGGUCCCUCACUUCCACCACAGCCCCCCAGCCUCCCACCCGCAGGGCAGGAGAGCCUCGGCUUGCAACCAGGAUCCCGGUGUGUCCUUGUGGAUGUGGACACGAAUCCAUCCAGGACUGGAUUACGCCCACGAGCACAGGGCCUGCCAGCCCCAAAACCCUGGGGACACCCCCACUCCUGCUGCCAGCCAUGCCCAGGUGCCAACUUUGGGGUGUGUGGAAAGUGCCUCAGCCCCGGGGAUGAGCUGCAGAGGGACCCCCAACCCAGGUGGUCCCAGACCCCUUGGAUACCUCCAGUCCUGCACCAUCACUCCCUCCUUUGGGUGGGGUGACUUGUGCCCCCCCCCAUCCCAGUGCCAUCCCAGGGGGGACUGUAGGGACAGACACAGGGCUAUGGGGACAUGUGCAGGGGACACGCCUGGGUGGCUGUGGGGACACAGUGAGGAGCUCUGGGCUGCACUGGGGACACACAGUGGGGCCAGGGAGACAUCAGGACCGUGGGGAUACACAGGGAUGGGCAUUGGGGUCGUGGGGAUGGGCACACCCCGGUGCUCACUGGAGCCCCCCUGCCCUGGCAGUGCCUGGCACGGAGGGACCAGUGGCCGGGACUGAAGAAAAGCAGGAAAAUCCCAGGAGCAGCACUCCCGAGUGCUGUAACGGAGCGCAGGGGUGGCAGGAGGGCCAGCAUCGCCCCCCGGCUACAAGCCACCGCCCUCCUCCUCCUCCUCCGACAAUCCUGCCGG